UCACUUGCAAACGGUCCUCCCGGAAAUCGAUAGCUUCUUCUUUCUUUUUCUGUGUGUCUUUUUUGCGCGACUGUUCAAGCCAAGAUACCGCUAUGCCUCCCAAAUUCGACCCAACGGAAGUUAAAUUGGUGUACCUGCGUUGCGUGGGCGGAGAAGUCGGUGCCACAUCCUCCCUGGCCCCAAAGAUCGGUCCCCUCGGUCUGUCGCCCAAGAAAAUCGGUGAUGACAUCGCCAAGGCCACCUCCGACUGGAAGGGUCUGAAGAUCACCGUCUGCCUGACCAUCCAGAACCGACAGGCCGCCAUCUCCGUGGUUCCCUCCGCCGCCUCGCUGAUCAUCAAGGCUCUGAAGGAACCCCCACGUGACCGCAAGAAGCAGAAGAACAUCAAGCACAGUGGAAACAUUGGCUUCGAAGACAUUCUGGCCAUCGCCCGCGUGAUGAGGCCCAGGUCCAUGGCCCGUGAGUUGAAGGGAACCUGCAAGGAAGUUCUGGGAACCGCCCAGAGCGUCGGCUGCACCGUUGACGGAAAGCACCCUCACGAUGUUAUUGACGAACUGAACGAGGGCUCCAUUGAAGUCCCCGCGGAAUAAACAGUUUUUUAAACAGAAUUAAUAAAUUGUACGCGAUACAGUCUGUAAUAAUUGACCCAAUCGGACAGAAUUUUACUUUCGAGCUCAAUGCGGCCGUGAAUGCGAUUUCAGAUAGGCUAGCUAAAUGUUAAACAAGAGGAAAACUAGAAGUGCAUAAUAUUGCAUCAAUUCAGCAGAGUAGAUUUGCCAAUUAAGCAACGCAAUAGGAAAAUCUUUCUUAGUUCGGUUUAACAGUUGAAUUCCUAUUAGGCAGAAAACAAUGUGCAGAACUCUUGCAUUGUUAAAACAAUUAUAUAUUUGGAAGGUCUUUCCAUUAAAUGAGAAGUAAACAAUUCGCACAUGCCCCGCAAAAAGCACAUGCUUGAUAAGAAAGUGUUCAGUUUUCGUUACUGGAGAAUGCUUUCGGUCACAUUUUCCGCCUGGGUUUCCUGCGUUGCAUUUACGAAUGCAUGUAUGCCACCCCUUUCCCAAGAUACAAAUAAAAAGAGAGUAUAUUUAAUCCGCA